UUGACGUUCUGGUUGUGGGGAAAGAUGGCGGCGCGCUGGAGCAGUGAGAAUGUGGUGGUGGAGUUUAGAGAUGCACAGGCUACUGCUAUGUCAGUGGACUGUCUCGGCCUGCACGCUGUUCUCUCUGGGCGACGAUUUUUAUAUGUUGUCAAUCUGGAGACGCCGUCUGAAGCUCCACGCAAAAUCAGCCGCCAGAGCAAAUGGGAUGUUGGGACGGUCCAGUGGAAUCCACACAGAGCCGAGGCGCAUUUAUUUGCUGCGUCGAGUAACCAGCGUGUCGAUCUGUAUUCAUGGCGAAAUGGAUUUGGCGAGCCACAUGCGUCUUUGCAAGGCCACACGCGUGUUAUAAGUGAUUUGGACUGGUCCUGGUUUGAUCCAGAAUUGCUUGUCACUAGUUCUGUUGACACAUACAUUUACAUAUGGGACACAAGGGACACACGGAAACCGACUGCGGCGUUGUCUGCUGUGGCCGGAGCCUCUCAGGUUAAAUGGAACAAACGGAAUCACUACUGUCUGGCCUCCAGUCAUGAUGGAGAUGUCAGAAUCUGGGAUAAGAGGAAACCCAACACUGCAGUGGAGUAUGUAGCAGCCCACCUAUCAAAGAUACAUGGUCUGGAUUGGCACCCUGAUAAUGAAUACAUCCUGGCCACUUCUAGCCAAGACAACUCUGUUCGGUUUUGGGAUUACAGACAACCUCGGAAGUACCUUGAUAUCUUGUCGUGUCAGGUGCCUGUUUGGAAGGCCAGAUACACGCCCUUCUCUAAUGGGCUGGUUACAGUGAUGGUUCCUCAGCUCCGCCGAGAGAACAGUCUUCUCCUGUGGAGCACGCUGGAGCUCAACAGCCCCGUUCAUGCUUUUGUGGGACACGAUGACGUCGUGCUGGAGUUUCAGUGGAGACCGCAGAAGGAAGGGUCCAAAGACUGCCAGCUGGUCACAUGGUCCAGAGAUCAGAGCCUGAGGAUAUGGAGAGUAGACCCUCAACUCCAAAAGCUGUGUUGUGCGAAUGACAUCGUGGAUGAGUUGAUGGAGGGCUUGAUCCUCACUGCAGACACAGAGAAGACGCUGCGAGCGCAAGACUCUGAAGCUCCACUCAGUCCUGGACUGACAGAGAAUUCACGAGAUCAGUUUGAAGACCCGGGGUCCGGCCUGACGUCAGGUGGGAGGAAUGAUGUUUCAGGUUUGCCUCAGACGCUCCAGCAGGAGUUUUCUCUGGUCAACCUGCAGAUUCGCAACGUCAACGUGGAGAUGGAUGCUGUUAACGGCAGUUGCUUCGUGUCAGCCGACUGUGGAGCCAACCGGGUCCGUCUCGUCGUGAAGUUUCCCGCCCAGUAUCCCAACAACGCAGCUCCGUCUUUCCAGUUCGUCCCACCAACAAACAUCUCAUCGUCCAUGAAGACCAAAAUACAGAAGAUCUUGACUGAUACAUCGCUUCAGAAGGUGAAGAGAAACCAGAACUGUUUGGAGCCGUGUGUUAGACAGCUGGUGUCUUGUUUGGAGUCAGAUAUGGAGGACGGUACAAACCCCUAUGGACUUACCAAUCCGGUGACACCUGCCCUUCCCACUUUUCCCCGAGUAACCAACACAUACGGCUCGUACCAGGAUGCCAACAUCCCGUUUCCUCGCACCUCAGGGGCUCGCUUCUGCGGGACAGGUUCCUUGGUUUAUUUCACUCGGCCCAUGACUAUGCAUCGUACAGUCCCUACGACUGAACCCACUCCCAGGUCGCUGUCGGCACUCUCCGCGUAUCACAGCGGGGUGUUGACGCCCAUGAAAAUGCGAACAGAGUCUCAGUCCACGCUGAGGCUGUACAGCGGGAGUCCAACACGCACGGACAAAGAUCAAGUCUCCAUCUCAUCCUUUUACUACAAAGAGCGAAAGCCCCCUCUGUCUUCCUCCCGCCGCUGGUCUGUGCAGACUAUUCAUGACUGUCCGAAGUCACGCCGGUGGAAAGGCAAGCGAGAGGGAUCAGACUAUAGCAACAGACCCAUCAAACUGGCUGGUAAAGUCAUCAUUCAGGAAAUCUCCUGUCUGCUUCCUGUGCACAAAGCCCUCGGGGAGACAUACGUGCUAAAUGUUAAUGACAUACAGGACACUUGUAAGAAGAAUGGAGCAGCGGCCUUAGCUGUAGGCCGCAGGGAUUUAGCAAAGGUAUGGGCUCUUGCCUCGGCUGCCACGAAUCUUGACCUCAAUCCCGACCCUGACCCUGAUGCUGGGACACCCUGGGCCAAACAUCCUUUCGGCAGACACCUGUUGGAGACAUUGCUCGAGCACUAUAGUCAAAUGAGUGACGUUCAGAGUCUGGCCAUGUUGUGUAGCGUGUUCAGAGGUCACACCAGUCCUCAGGAAUACUUCACUCUGUACGGACAUCAGCAGGCACGACCGGUCAUCUUCACAUCUCAUCACUCUCGAUAUCCCAGCGUCACCUCCUGUUCUCUAACAUCUGGAUCAUGUUCAAGUACCUCCGAUUCUGCAGCCACUCCUUGGAAUAUGGUUUCAUGUGCUCGUGAGUCUGAACAUGCGCCGCCCUGGGGAGAAUCCUCUCCGGAUGACUAUCGCUAUGCAAACCAGAUUUACACUGACCCACGAGAGCGAGAGAAAGAGCAGCACGAUAUGAACAAAAGGCUACUGGAUCCUUCAAAUGCCUUCCAGUUUGACGACUUUAAGAAAUGUUACGGUGAGAUCCUUCACCGCUGGGGUUUGAAGGAAAAGAGGGCAGAGGUUCUCAAAUUUGUUUCUUGCCCUCCAGAGCCCCACAAAGGCAUAGAGUUUGGCGUUUACUGCUGCCACUGUCGCAGUCAGGCCCGAGGCACCCAGUGUGCCGUCUGCAAGCGUUUCACCUUCCAGUGCGCCAUCUGUCACGUGGCUGUACGAGGCUCCUCUAACUUCUGCCUGAGCUGUGGCCACGGAGGACACACCAGUCACAUGAUGGACUGGUUCCGCUCUCAAGACGUCUGCCCCACUGGCUGCGGCUGUCACUGCCUUCUGCAAAGCACUUUCUAAAACUUUCCCAAAAACCCUGAAGACUUAGAGGAAUAGUUGGCACACACACAAAAAGGAAAAUUCUGUCGUCAUAUACUCGCUCCAACUUUUUGUAUUACUUUUUCUCUUCUGUGGAACACAACACAGAACGAUUGAGAGAUUGUAAUGGUUGUAAUUAAUCCCUAUGGGGACUGAAGCUUUUAAAGCUUAAAGCGAAAGAUCCACCAAAAGUGAAGUUGCUGCCAUCGUUUAUUUACACUGAUGUUGUUCAAAAGCUGUUUAUGAUUCUGCUGUGGAACACAAAGAAGAUGCUUCGAGAAACGUCUUCUGUUGUGUCCAUACAAUUGUAAGUAAAUGGGGGCCAUGUUGUUUGACUGCAAGCAUUCUUCAAAAUAUCUUAUUUUGUGUUCUGCAGAAGAAAGGAACUCAUACAGGUUUUGAAAUGACAUGAGGUAGUAAUAUGUAAAUGAUGCAAUUGAAAGAAAAUGAGAAAACAAAUGUUAGUUUUGAAAAAUAGUUUUCAUUUGUGCUUAACUAUCCCUUUAAAGAUAGAUAUAAAAUCAAAAAAUAUAUAUUCAAAGUAUUACAAAAUAAGUUUUGAUUUUUUUUAUUAUGACAGAAUUUUACUUUUUGGUGAGCAGUUUCUUUAAGAGAGCAGGUUUUGAUAUUUUCAAGAUAUGCCUCAAAACUAUUCUACAUGAAGACGUUAAGAGAAACCCAUAAUUCCCUUCUCGGUGGGGAUAGACUAACAACUGACUGUUCAAGUGUUCAAUUAUGUUCUAUACAGGAGCCUCAAACAUUAAUCUUACCAUAGGUCAAACCAGCCAAGUUAGUGAAUUCAGAUGUUAAGUAGUGCUGUUUUUUUUGCAGAUUUCUACCUGUUUAAAUGAGUAGAGGAUAUAUUUGCUCUACAAGGUGCCAAUAAAGUUAAUCUGUUAAUUAUUUGUUAAAAGGGAAGAGAAAUUAUUGCUAGUUGCAGAUUGUUUUGGGGGGUCUACAACAUGUUUAUUUUCAGAUGUUCUGAAUGAUUAUUUUCAGUUAAAACGACUAUUUAUAACGUUUUUUGUCCCGCAGAGGAGACAAGUCUUAUGGAUGAACCAGCAUGUACAGUGUGCCACAAGAAACACAUCUGAUAGGACCGUGACCAGUAUGCCAAUUAAUUUGUUGGUGUAAUGCUGCAGGAUAUCUUCCUGCUAUUUGUUUGUUGAAUGUCCUUAUAACAAUGUAAAUGAAACAUGUUGAUUCUCAUUACUACCUCGUAAAUCAAAUGGCAAGAUUCAUAUUAUGUUUUUUUAGCUUGAUAAUAGCAAAUAAAGCUAUUAGGAAUGUCACAUACUGGAUUAACUUGAUUCUCAGUAGGGAAAUCGAUAGCAAAAUGUCUUCAUUAAAUAGUUUUGAUCAAAAACAAA